GGGUCUCAGCCCCCCCCCCGCCUUUUCGUUGGCCCGGCAGGUGGACACGGACGACGUCUUCACGAAGGAGGAGCAGAUUUUCCUGCUGCACCGCGCGCAGGCUCAGUGUGACAAGCUGCUGAAGGAGGUCCUGCGCACCGCAGCCAACAUCAUGGAAUCCGACAAAGGAUGGACAUCUGCAUCCACAUCCGGGAAACCCAGGAAACAGAAGACACCCGGCAAGUUCUACCCGGAGUCUAAGGAGAACAAGGAGGUGGCUCCCGGCACCAGGCACCGAGGACGCCCCUGCCUGCCGGAAUGGGACAACAUCGUGUGCUGGCCGCUGGGGGCACCAGGUGGGGUGGUGGCCGUGCCCUGUCCUGACUACAUUUAUGACUUCAAUCACAAAGGUCAUGCCUACCGUCGUUGUGACCGCAAUGGCAGCUGGGAGGUGGUGCCCGGGCACAACCGGACGUGGGCCAACUACAGCGAGUGCCUCAAGUUCAUGACCAAUGAGACACGGGAACGGGAAGUGUUUGACCGCCUGGGCAUGAUCUACACCGUGGGCUACUCCAUGUCCCUGGCCUCUCUCACCGUGGCUGUGCUCAUCUUGGCCUACUUCAGGCGGCUGCACUGCACGCGGAACUACAUCCACAUGCACAUGUUCCUGUCGUUCAUGCUGCGCGCCGCCAGCAUCUUCGUGAAGGACGCCGUGCUCUACUCGGGCUUCACCCUGGACGAGGCCGAGCGCCUCACCGAGGAGGAGCUGCACAUCAUCGCGCAGGCGCCGCCGCCGCCGGCCGCCGCCGCCGUGGGCUACGCGGGCUGCCGCGUGGCUGUGACCUUCUUCCUUUACUUCCUGGCCACCAACUACUACUGGAUCCUGGUGGAGGGGCUGUACUUGCACAGUCUCAUCUUCAUGGCCUUCUUCUCGGAGAAGAAGUAUCUGUGGGGGUUCACCAUCUUCGGCUGGGGUGUGCCCGCCGUGUUUGUGGCUGUGUGGGUCGGUGUUCGAGCGACUCUCGCAAACACUGGGUGCUGGGACUUGAGCUCCGGACACAAGAAGUGGAUCAUCCAGGUGCCUAUCUUGGCCUCUGUGGUGCUCAACUUCAUCCUCUUCAUCAACAUCAUCCGAGUGCUUGCCACCAAACUGCGGGAGACCAACGCGGGCCGGUGUGACACGCGGCAGCAGUACCGGAAGCUGCUCAAGUCCACGUUGGUCCUCAUGCCCCUCUUCGGCGUCCACUACACCGUGUUCAUGGCCCUGCCGUACACCGAGGUCUCAGGGACACUGUGGCAAAUCCAGAUGCACUAUGAGAUGCUGUUCAAUUCUUUCCAGGGAUUCUUUGUCGCCAUCAUCUAUUGUUUCUGUAAUGGUGAGGUACAGGCUGAGAUCAAGAAAUCGUGGAGCCGCUGGACCCUAGCAUUGGACUUCAAGCGCAAAGCACGCAGUGGUAGCAGCAGCUACAGCUACGGCCCCAUGGUAUCGCACACGAGCGUGACCAACGUAGGCCCCCGGGCGGGACUCAGUUUACCCCUCAGCCCCCGCCUGCUGCCCGCCGCCGCCACCAACGGCCACUCCCAGCCGCCGGGCCACCCCAAGCCGGGCCCCCCAGCUCUUGAGACUGAGUCCACUCCAGUCACCAUGGCUGUCCCCAAGGACGAUGGCUUUCUCAACGGCUCUUGCUCGGGGCUGGAGGAAGAGCCCACGGAGCCCACGCAGUCACCCCCGCUGCUGCCGGAAGAGUGGGAGACCGUCAUGUGACUGCCGACACGGGUGGAUGGACAGAUGGACCAAAAAAAAAAGACUGGUGGUUGCACAGUUGUCUGUGUAGGGACUGAGCCAGGAGGUGGGGGAAAAGAAAAAAGAAAAAAAAAAAAAAGGGAAAAGGAA